AUGUCUUUGCGAGGCCGGCUCGAAGGUUACAUAACUCUGCACGCGUACUCGCAACUAUGGAUCUAUUCCUAUUCACAUCGUAAAUUUACUUACGCCCCCGAUAUCGAUGAGACGAAGAGAGUUGCCCAAAAAGCUGUUGCAGAGCUAGGAAAGAUGUACGGAACACGCUAUCGAUAUGGCACUGGACCGGAAAUCAUCUGUGAGUAUCAACGUGACUUUUACAAACCUCCACACUCAGAAGAAACCAAGAUUUCAGACGCAUUUUCCGGAGGCUCUACAGAUUGGGCAAAAGAGAAACUUAAAGUCAAGUAUUCCUAUACAAUAGAAUUACGACCGACCUACGAAGGUAUCAUAGGUAUCUUGCUUACAAACAUUUCCAAUUGA